GUCUGAUGACGCAGCAUCUCGGUUCUCACUAUGGCGGCUCUCUGCUAAUUGAGGAGAAAUGCGGGGUUUUUAGGUGCAACAACACCGCUUCACUGGGGGAAACAGACAGACCAUAUUUCUUUCAGGAUGAGCAACCGGACCUCCUACUUUUACGACCCCGACGUGGGCAACUUUCAUUACGGUGCUGGCCACCCCAUGAAGCCACACCGCUUGUCCCUCACUCACAGUCUGGUGUUGCACUAUGGACUUUACAAGAAAAUGAUGGUGUUCAAGCCAUACAAAGCAUCUCAGCAUGACAUGUGUCGUUUCCACUCUGAAGACUACAUAGACUUUCUGCAGAAGGUCAGCCCCAACAACAUGCAGGGCUUCACAAAGAGCCUCAACACAUUCAAUGUGGGAGAUGACUGUCCUGUGUUUCCAGGUCUUUUUGAGUUCUGCUCAAGAUACACUGGAGCCUCUCUACAGGGAGCCACACAGCUCAACCACAAGAUCUGUGACAUUGCCAUAAACUGGGCAGGAGGUUUGCAUCAUGCUAAGAAGUUUGAGGCGUCUGGAUUUUGCUACGUCAACGACAUCGUCAUUAGUAUCCUGGAGCUACUCAAAUACCAUCCAAGGGUUCUGUACAUCGACAUAGACAUUCAUCAUGGGGACGGCGUCCAGGAAGCCUUUUACCUGACCGACCGUGUCAUGACUGUGUCCUUCCACAAAUAUGGGAACUACUUUUUUCCUGGAACAGGUGACAUGUAUGAGGUAGGGGCAGAGAGCGGACGAUACUACUGCCUCAAUGUUCCUCUUAGAGACGGCAUCGAUGACCAGAGCUACAGACACUUGUUCCAGCCGGUUAUUAAACAGGUGGUGGAUUUCUACCAACCCACCUGUAUCGUCCUGCAGUGUGGAGCAGAUUCUCUGGGCUGUGACAGACUGGGCUGCUUCAACCUCAGUAUACGAGGACAUGGUGAUUGUGUGGAGUUUGUAAAGAGCUUUAAGAUUCCACUGUUGGUCCUGGGAGGAGGAGGAUACACAGUGAGGAACGUGGCUCGCUGCUGGACCUUUGAGACAUCUCUGCUGGUGGAUGAACCCAUCAGCGAUGAGCUGCCUUAUAGCGAGUAUUUUGAAUACUUUGCUCCAGACUUUACGCUGCAUCCUGAUGUUAGCACCAGGAUAGAAAACCAGAACUCCAGACAGUACUUGGAGCAGAUCCGUCAGACAGUGUUUGAGAACUUGAAGAUGUUGAACCACGCACCGAGUGUCCAGAUUCACGACGUUCCCUCUGACAUGCUGAGCUACGAACGCACUGAUGAGCCCGACCCUGACGAGAGGGGGGCUGAGGAUAACUACACCAGGCCAGAGGCGCCCAAUGAGUUCUACGAUGGCGACCACGACAACGACAAAGAGAGUGACGUAGAGAUUUGAUCUGAGGACGAAGAGGGGUGAAGCUUUUCCUUGCAGCCUCGAGUUUGCAUCCUCUGCAGACUGCAAACAUGACAUCCUUAAAGAACUUUCAGGAAGGACGGCACCCUCAAGUUGUCUGUUUGCUAUCACUAGUUUCUCUAAUCCAUCUUCCACAUUGACAUCAUGACUGUUCUAUUAUAAAUCAACAGAACAAAUAUCAUCUGGACUCAUACAGGGGUUUUGAGUCGACACGUCAAAUCAUGUAACAGGAACUGUCUAGGUGUUUAGAACGUUGGAUGUUGAAACACAUGUACAUAAAGUUUAUCAGCUGUGUUAUGUCUAUUCCUGUAAAACAAUAUUAUUUGUUAUUCGUAUUUGUUAGUACGAAGGAUCAGUGCUUCUUCGUACUAACAAAUUGUAGAUGUAGAUUAUGAUAAAACCUCUUUGGUAUUUUUCCUUUUGAAAGAGGAAAUUGUCAACUGUAAUACAUUUUAUGAAUUUCUCACAUAAGGAUUUGUCUUCAGAUCAUGAGCAUCUGAAAUACGUGUACAGUAACACAAUGGGAUGUCCACAGGAUGAUACUCAGUGAGAAGACACAAAGAAGACGCCACACCGGGUGUCAAGACGCACAAUCAUGUGUGAAGUGUAUGCGAUGAGUCACCAGCCAGCACAGAUGUUUGAAAGCAAGUGUAAUUUGACUUCAACUCUUGUCUGUUUUACAGUUUUCUUUGAAAUCCUAAUAUGACUCAUGUGCCUUACACCUCAAAUGAUCCAGAGCACGGCAUUCUCACCAUUUUGGAGUUUUACAUGUGAGCUGUAAGUAUAAUGUUUUAGAGGACAACUGGUGACCAGGCAGGUCGUUUGGUGGUGAAUCUGUACAGAAGUAGUUGUUUUCAGAUGAACUUCACUGUGCAGCUUCAUCAGAAGUACAUCUGUGGCAAUUGAACGCUGUAUGAAGCCACAGUGGAAAUGAUUUGUACCGUCCACCGUCUCCUCUUUUAGCCAAAAACUGUUUUAAUGUGAUUUUUGAUAUUGUUGUCAACAACCUUAGUUUUUAAUAAAAAACAAUUUGAACUGUU